UAUGAAUGUGUGUGUGUGUACGUAUUCACAUUUUUCAUUUAAAAUCUUGAGCAAACACACAGAGCAGGCGGAGGCUGCAUCUGCUGACGUACAGCCAGUGGCUGCGAGAGAGUCUGAAUCACAGAGCAUCUCUACAGAAGCAUAUCCAACAAACAGAGGAGCAGCAGAGCAUUUCUGAAGCCAACAUCAGGAGAACUUCAACACCUGAUUAAUUGACUAUACCUGUAGCUUUCGAUUCCUUUUUUGUUAUUCAGUCCACCAUCUGAAUCAGUUUUUUAUUCUUUAUAAUUUUUUUCAUUUCCUCUGUAAUUUUCAUCCCUCAUCUGCUGUCUGUUCUUCCCCAUCUCUUUAUCUUCACAAUUCCCGAUGAACGACUCAUACCUGCAGUUUCUUAAAGGGCAGAAACCUGCAAACAGCACGUCUUUGCCUCCUAAUGGCAGCACGGUUGAUCCUUCAGCAGGAGCGCUGUGCGAGCAGGUUCAGAUCCAGGCGGAGGUUUUUCUCACUUUGGGUAUUGUGAGUCUUCUGGAGAACAUCCUCGUCAUCUUGGCCGUGGUCAAAAACAAGAACCUUCACUCACCGAUGUAUUUUUUCCUGUGCAGCCUGGCUGCUGCGGACAUGUUGGUGAGUGUGUCGAACUCCUUGGAGACCAUUGUCAUUGCUGUACUAAACAGUCGCCUUUUGGUGGCCAGUGACCAUUUUGUGCGUUUGAUGGACAAUGUGUUUGAUUCAAUGAUCUGCAUUUCUCUCGUGGCAUCAAUCUGCAACCUCUUGGCGAUCGCUGUCGACCGCUACGUCACGAUCUUCUACGCCUUACGCUACCACAGCAUAGUGACCGUACGCAGAGCAUUGGUGGCCAUCGCUGGGAUCUGGUUGGUGUGCGUGGUCUGUGGUAUCGUCUUCAUAGUCUACUCAGAGAGCAAGACGGUGAUUGUUUGUCUAAUCACAAUGUUCUUCGCCAUGUUGGUGCUCAUGGCCACUCUCUACGUACACAUGUUUCUUCUCGCCAGACUUCACGUCCAGAGAAUCGCAGCAUUACCUCCAGCAGCAGCUGCAGCCGGCAACCCGGCCCCGCGUCAGCGCAGCUGCAUGAAGGGAGCUGUGACCAUCUCCAUCCUCCUCGGCGUGUUUGUGUGCUGCUGGGCGCCGUUUUUCCUCCACCUCAUUCUGCUGGUGUCCUGUCCGCACCAUCCGCUCUGCCUCUGCUACAUGUCUCAUUUCACCAUGUACCUGGUCCUCAUUAUGUGCAACUCUGUGAUUGACCCCCUCAUCUACGCCUGCCGCAGUCUGGAAAUGAGGAAGACCUUUAAGGAGAUACUCUGCUGCUUUGGCUGUCAGCCUCCACUUUAGAUGAAUGUCUGGUCUGAAAGAAGACUGAGUGUGCAAACAAGAAGUUUACCUUGAUGUUAGAUGCCAAAGUGUGGUGCUCAUAAUGAUAACACAUAUCAAGAGAGGAGGAUACGGUCAA